AUGUACUUCAGAUACAAAGUUAUCCUCACUAAUCUAUUUAAUUCUAAUCCUGAAAUUCUCCUGAUCACAAAUCUAAGCAAUCACCUACAAGAUUUCGUUGUGCCUCCUGUUUUUAAGCCAGCGGGAGAUUCACCGUAUCUCUGUCACUUACUAUCAUUUUCUAACGAGUGGCUCCUUCAUUUUGAAAUUUUUACUGAUCUAAGGGUAAGAGUCAAUCAACCAAUUCGAAAGCGUUCUUUGGAUUAA